AAGAGGUCGGCCACGCCAGUCGCAAGCCCAUCUUCGAGAGAAUGCCGUGCAACGAGGAGCGGGCCGCCGAGGCCGUGAGAAUCGUUGGUCUCAGGAGGCAACCCGACGAGCCUUUGGGCCUAACGAUUCAAGUGGAUGAAAAUGGCAACCUAAUAAUCGCUCGUAUUUUGGGUGGUAGCACCGCGGCACGUCAGGGUCUCCUGAGGCCUGGUGAGGUGAUACUCGAGGUCAACGGCAAACUAGUGCAUAAUCCUGACGAGCUACAGCAAUCUAUACAAGAAGCUAAGGAGAAUCUCUCGUUAAAACUCGCACCCGGAAUAGCAGCUGAUGGUAAUCGGCCCAUCAAGUCAACGUGCUACAUGCGCGCGUUAUUCGAUUACGAGCCAUCGGAGGACACACUGCUGCCCUGUCGUGAGAUCGGGCUACCCUUUCAAAAGGGCGACAUCCUGCAAAUCGUUGAUCAGGCGGAUCCCAACUGGUGGCAGGCACGACGCAUCGAAAGCGACAACCUGGGACCACCUGGACUCGUACCCUCUCUCGAGCUCGAGGAGCGCCGGAAAGCCUUUGUCCCACCGGAGGCAGACUUCGUUCACAAGAUCAGCAUCUGCGGCACACGCAUCUCCAGAAAGAAGAAGCGCAAGAUGUAUCAAUCUAAAUCUAAUGGGGAGUUUGACAGCGCGGAGUUGUUACUCUACGAGGAAGUUGCGAGGAUGCCGCCAUUCAGACGUAAGACGUUGGCACUCGUGGGUCCAAGAGGUGUGGGUCGUAGAACUUUAAAAAAUCGACUCAUCAACAGUGAUCCUGAUAAGUUUGGCACCAUUGUACCUUUUACGUCACGACCACCGCGAGUGUUGGAAGAAAACGGCAAGAGCUAUUGGUUCACAGAUCGCGAGUCCAUGGAAAUGGAUGUGCGUGAACAUCGUUACUUGGAGCACGGAGAACACGGAGGUCAUCUAUACGGCACGAAACUUGACUCCGUACGCGAACUCAUACGAGCCGGCAAAAUGUGCGUCCUUGACUGUAGUCCAGCCGCAUUAAAGAUCCUUCACAACAGCACAGAAUUUAUGCCAUACGUUAUAUUCGUAGCGGCACCAGGAAUGGAACAGCUCAAGUCGUUAUACGAUUUUGGAAGGUCUACGGGAGCGAGCAGUCGAAAUUUAACGUUUGAUCGUCAGAGUUCCAUCAGAUAUAGCUCAAGACGCGCCAGAACAUUGGAAUCCUUAGCAUCUCUAUAUGAGGAGGAUGAUCUGAAAUCAACGGUGGAGGAAUCUGCAGCUUUGCAGCGAGCCUACGAAAAAUAUAUCGAUCUCGUAAUUGUUAAUGAGGACUUCGAUGAAACUUUCCGGCAAGUUGUAGCAGCUCUCGAUGCCCUCGCAAGUGAGGAUCAAUGGGUCCCAGUUAACUGGAUUUAUUAGAAGAGUUCAUCAACAAAUAUCACUUUUAAAUUUUUUACUAAAUCAAUUGCUAAGCAGAAGCAGGUAUUCCGCGUUCAUAAUAAGCUCCUAACAACUUUUUAUCUAUCAAUGCAGUUACAAAUCAUUCAUUUUUAAUUCCAUUUAUAUAGGAAUUAUUGCAAUCAACAGUAUCGCACGAUCGAAUAUCGAUAACAAUUAUUCUUUAUAUAUUAUUACAAUGGAGGAAUAAGCAAACAACUUUUGUUGAUUUGAUUCGUUAACGAUUAUCUCAUUAAAAUGUGUUUAUCCAUUAUAAUUGAUCGUGUACUUUAAGCAAUAACAAAGCUAUCGAGUACAACACUUAGAAUUCUAUUAUAAGUAUUUUAUCUUAUAUUUAUAUCCGUGAUUGAUCAAUGAUCAUCUAUCUCUAAGGAAAUUAUUUUUCUUUAUUUAAUCAAAGCGCCGUCCAUUUAUUAAUUAUAAGUUCGUUAAUGAUUUGUGUAAAUCGAAUAAAUGUCAAUUUCUAACUACAUUAUAUAAUAUGUAUUUCGAUUAUUUUAUGAUUGUAUAAGACAGAUAUGACAUUAAAGUAUAGAUAUUGCAUAAAGUGUUAGUACGUUCAUGGCCCAUUGCCAG